UUGUUGUUAUUAUUGCAGUGAUUAAAAAUGUGAAAUAAAUAAAUUAAAGUAUUAAAUAGUUAGCAUGUUUAAGAAUAUUGUUAUGUAUAUAUACUAUGCGUCGAGUUGUUGCACUAUUAUUCGUUUUGUUUUUUAAACGCACUAUUAUUUUAGACUUAGCCCAGUUUCAUUCCGUCGUUGUUCUAUUGCGUGCUCUAACGUUUUGUCCAACAUAAAUUAUAAUCGUAACCAUAACAGCUGAGGAGUGUCUUCUGUGCAAUUUUGUUUCCUCAUUGUGUUCCUUAUCUUUGAUUUUGCACUUUUGCGCAUUGUUUUGCAAGUUUUUAAUUUCUAUUUCAUUCGCGAACGCAGGCCAUUCUCAAUCAAAAACUAGACAUGUAAAUCCGUCACGAUGGAAUUCAUACACGCUGGUGCGUUGCCAUCCGGCGAGCGCCAAUAAAUGUGGUUUUAAACCAAAUGUUUUUCAUACUACAGAAUUGGUGUGUCGUUGCAAUGUGCAAUAUAUAUAAUAUAAUAAUGUAUUUAUGACAACAUAUUUGACUACAGAAGUUGUGGUAUCAGGAAGACAUUGCAUGAAUAGAUCUGUUUUCUAACUAAAUAUAUUAAAAUCAUUUAUUAUGGAAAACCUUUUAGUUUAUCAUGUUGACAUCGGAAGAUGGAUUACAUGUGACUUUAGCAUGCUCAAUAAAACAGUAUCUGAAUUAAAGUUACAAAUUGAAAAAAAGACUGACAUCCCAGUGAACAAGCAAGUUUUGCUAGUCAGUGGUGGAGGCCAUCUAGACCCAUUCAAGGCUGUUUCAUGUUAUUGUGCCGGCACUGAUACAAGCCCAUUUUUUUUGUUUAGUAAAAGAUUAAUUGAUUAUCCUGAACCACCUUCUGCUUAUUUUGACACUCGACCAGAUAUAGACUUUACAAGAGAACACCAUAGAACUCAAGGAAUGCCACCUACAAUAGAAGCAUUAAAUGUUAGAGUUUCUCUAGCACAACAAUAUAGUGAAAAUGCUCAAUAUAAUUUAAAUUGCAUAGAUAUCCUUAUCAAUGACCAACAUAUGAUGCAUCAAGGUUGGUCCGCAGCUGUAGCAAAUAUGCUUGAUACAGUAGAAAAAUUUAAAUAUAAAGCUGAUAUAUUUGAAAAUGAUUUUAGACGAUAUCUCAAUGGACGAGAAGAUAGUAUUAAUUUACUUAACAAUUUUAAUGAUAUUUUGGUAGAAAUUUCAAAAAUUCCUAUGCUACCAGCUCUUUUAGAAAAUAAUUCUGAAGAACGAGCACGAAUGGAUAGUUCAACAAAUGAUGUAAAAAAUAUAGUUCAUCAAUCAUUACUUGAAUGGGUAACAGCACGACAAGGAUUAACAAAUUUGGAACAUAUAGUUGAACAUUGUGAAAAUAGUUUAAAACAGUUUGAUGAAGAUAUAUUAAAUUCAGUUUUACUGGAAGUAUCUGCCAUGAAUGAGUGCUCUAGUCGAAGUGAUUGUUCUGAAAUUAAAGGAUUGGAACAUAGAUUAUUUAAACUUGCCCAAAUGAUGGAUGAAAGUAAACGAUUGGCAACAGAACAAUAUAAUCUUGCUGAUACUAUAAAAAUGAAUCAUGCAAAAGCUGCUAAUGAAGGUGAUGUAUCAGUUAUAAGUGUGUUGUUAGCAUCUCACGAUAAGCAAUUAGAAAUGAUGAAUAAAAACAAUUUAAGGUUAUGUGAUAUUCGAAAUAGAAGUAUUUUAGCAAAGCAAGAACUUUGCAAUAAUUUACACCCACGACUUAAGUGGUUAAUUGUUGUAGAAAAUAAAGUUAGUGAUGUUGAAGCUAUUAUGCUGUUAUAUAGUGACAGCAUAAAAUUGACUCGUGAAUAUUUAGAUGUUGUUGAACAGUUACAUAAUACACCAACACUUUAUUUUAACGCAGUUGCUGAAGUUGUUAGAAGACGCAUAUUUUCUCAAGCAUUACUAAUUUGGUCUAGUGAUCUUGCCUGUCAUAUGAUGGCACGUCAUUCAGAUGAAAUCGCUAAACGUAAAAAUUUUCAAUCUCAAUUUGAAGGUCACUUCUUAAGCCCAUUAUUCCCUGGACUGGAAGAUAUGCCACCGGCAUUUGCGACACAAGCACCCCCAAUAUUUGAUUAUAACUUACCAAAACUUUGUUUAGAAGAUUUAGAUAUUUUAAUUAAACAAUUGCCACAAAUAGCCCGUGUAACAUCAGUACCUAAUUUUAAUGCAAUUACUCAGUUCUUUUUAUCAAAAUCAAUACAAGAAGAUGGUACAUUAGCUAUUGAAUCUAAUAAUGAUCAUAAGUCUGUAGCUAUGGAAACAAGUAAUCUAAUGCUAGGAGAUAUGAACACAAUAGAAGAAAAACUUAAUGAAGUAAUGACAGCAGUUGGUCUUGGCUCUUGCAAGAUUGAUAUGCAGCUAGAAUCAGAUGUCAUUAAAAGAACACAUUCAGAAAUGGAGAAUGACAGUUAUAAUCCAGAUAGUUUUAUGUUACCACACAAGUAUAUUGGAACCCAUCAAGAACAUACAGUAAAGUUAUUGAGGAAGAGUCUAUAUACAUUGGAAAAUGUAGCUAGUAUCUCGAUUAAUAAAUUGCGAUCAGAUUUAAAUGUAUUUAAACAAUUCAUACUUCAACAAAAUUUAGAGAUUAAUAUGUUUACUAAUGAUUUACAAUCAAAAUAUAACAUUCAAACUUCUCAUUUACAACAGCUUAUUCAAUAUGUAGAAGAAAGUAAACGUGAGUUGAAUCGUAUGAGAAUAAGAAUAAAUGAACUGGAAUCUCUAGUAGAAUUGCACAUAAAAAACGAAGAACACGAACGUCAGUUACGUUUAAGAGUGGAGAAUGAAAGAGAUGAGUGGAUGCAACAAGAAUUAGAGGAUGCACGGAAAGAAAUAACAAAUCAGUUAACAAUGUCUCAUAAAAAAGAAUUAGAAAUGAUGCAUGUGCGUUUUAAAUUAGUCACUCAAGCAGCUAAUAUGGAACGUAGUUCAAGUGAACAAAGCUUAGAAAAAAACAAGAGAUAUGAUGUUAUUGAACUUGUUAAUCAUGAAGCAAUGAUGGCCCAGCUUAAGGAAGACUUGUUAUUGGAAAAAGAGCAAGCUAUACAGGAAGAACGAAAGCAAUGUGAAAAAAAAUUAGCUCAAGAACGACAAGUGAAAUGUGAUGAAAAAAAGGAUGAUCAAGUAAUUUGCCUCUGGGGUGAUAGCAAGAAAAUUACAGAUGAUAAAAACAAAUCAUUCAAAUAUUUUAAAGAAAGAAGUUCAAAUGAUCUUAGGUUAAGUACUUAUGUUUCAAAACCAAGAUCAAAUAGCAUUGCUGUACCAGAAUGGGACAUAGAUUCUAGUUCAGCAUCAAGCAGCGUUUUUGUGGAAUUGAGUAAAAGUUCAAGUUCUGAAUCUGAUGAAGGAAAACUUUCUGUCAGUUCUUGUAAUGUUGGAGAUUAUGUUUUGGUUGUAUGGGACUCUACUUACAGAAACUAUAGAGUAUAUCAAGAAAAUAAAAGAAAUUUGGUAUUUUUGCAUCCCGACAGCAUAGACAACUUAUUUUUAAAAAUCGGCUCUGAUGAAACACCUAAAUUACAGCAUUUUUCGGCAGAAGUUAUACAAAAAGAAUACUGUCAAGCAGUUAAGGAGGAUAAUAGAUAUAAAGUUAAAAAAGGAUUGAAAUUUUAUCGAGUAAAAAUACAACUGCAUAAGGGACCAAAUCAUCGACGAGAAAUAUCAACUUCAGAUAGUUCAUCUGUCUCAGUAACUUAUGUUCAAUAAUUGAAUAACAACCGUGUGAUAAAUUUAUAUAGUUUAUAAUUACUUUAAUACUCAAAAUAAUUAGAAAGUUUUAUAGUCAAUAUUUUGCUAUUCAUAAAAAAAGAAUUAUAAUUAGGUUCUUGAAGUCAUAAAUAAAAGUUAAGUUAUGUAGUAUUGGCCCAUUUUAAUAUGCAACUGAUUUAUAUUAUAAAAUGUUUCUUAAGUGGAUUUGAUAUAUUUACAAAAGUUAUAGAAAUAUUUUUUAAAAAUGUUUGAGUAUAAAUAAUAUUUUUUCAUAAGAAAUAAAAUAACGAUUAUUUUCUUCAAAAUUACUUUUAUAGCAUUUAUGAAUUCGACAAUUAAAAUUUUAUAUUUUAAUCACUCAAUGAUUCUCAUUUUGUUCAUUAUAUUAUAAUUUUAGUUAUUACGUAUUUUUAUUACUAGUUUUUUACUUCGAUUUCUAUUUUAAAUUGAAUCUUAAAAAACAUUAUUUUUUAAAAAUUUGUUGUUACCCAUAUAUAUUUCAUAAUUAUAUAUUAUUUGUCACUGUAUACUUUUUAUAUGCACUAAAAGCUUUAUAGAGUUGUUUAUAUCAAACAAUUAGUUAUUUAAAGUUUGUGCAAUUUUAAUUUUUUUAUAAUUCCAUACACAUCUUAAUAUUCUAACAUAAAAGGGUAAAUAUUAAUUAGAAGCAUUAAAUUUAUAUAUAGACAUUUUAGAAAUAAAGUUAUAUUAUUACGUUUAGUGACAGUGUUUCAAAUGAGGCUUUACUAAUAUUAAGUGGUAAAAUAAUUAAUCAUUUACCACAUAAAUUUAAACUAGUAAUGUUUCAUGGGCCACUGUUUAUUUUGGUAGAUAUAAUGCACAGUUAUACGUUUGUAAUUUUUUAUUUUGUACUUAUGACCUUAAUAAAUUUAAAUAUUUAGAACUUAACAAUUAAAACAUUAUAAAUUAAAAAAUUAUAUAGAUUUAUAUUUGAGUAUUUUUAUAUUUACCUAUUUUAUGUAUAAUUGUACCUGCCAUUAUUCUUUAUUAUAAAUUGUAUCUCAUAAUUAGAAUGUUACAAAUAAAUUCUUAAAUGUUAAACUUUUAAAUUUUAGUGGAUAUUCAAUUACAUAAAUUUGUAUUUUAUUAAGUUCAACGAAAUGAUGUAUAUUUUAUAAUGUUGAUUUAUGUUUAAGAUCUUUUGGUUUUUAAUUUGUAUACUAUUUCUCAUGGUCCAAGUGUUAAAAUUGACAAUCUUCGGUUUUACACUAAUUUUGUUUUCACCAAAGAUAAUAAAUAGUCACACUGUAAUAUUUUGAUUUUAAUAAUUGUUUUUGUGCAAUAGUUAUUUUUGUGAUUGCAAUUUGUACAUACCGCCUAUGUAUAUAAAAAUUAAAUAUAUAUAGGUAUUAUGAUUAAAAGUCUAUAUUGUUAAUUUUUAUUGUUAAGAAAAAAUAAUAUGUUUAUGUAAAAAUGUAUAUUUUAUUGUAUUGUAUUAUUGUCAUUAUAAUUUAUAAUAAAUUUGGCUGUGUGUAUUUUUA